UUUUUUUUUCCUUUUACCAGACAAGCCCUCCUCCUCCUCCGCUGGUCCUUCCCCUCUCUCGCGUCGGCGCUACUCCUCCUAUACUCCGGCGGCGGGCGUUCGGCGGCGACCGGCGACACACAGAAGAAGAAGGAGAAGGAUGGGGAAGAGCAAGGGCCGGGCGUCCAGCAGCGGCCUGGCGGCGUCGCUGCUGCCCGACGCGCAGGGCGCCGCCGUCCCUGCCGUCGGAUUCGGGGGCUACCACGGCGCCUCCCGCGUCGAGCCCGCCGCCCUGCACCCGCUUCCCUCCGACGACCCCGACGCCCCAGCCCGCCUGCCCCCCGAUGUGGACGCCCAGGUGCUGCAGCACCUCCGGAGGCUCGGCCGCAAAGAUCCCACCACCAAGCUCAAGGCACUAUCUACGCUCUCCGUGCUGUUUACACAGCAACCUGCCGACCAAGUCGUGCAAAUUGUUCCUCAAUGGGCCUUCGAGUACAAGAGGCUGCUGCUUGACUAUAACAGAGAAGUUCGUCGUGCUACCAACGAUACCAUGUCUAGCCUAGUCACCGCAGUCAAGAAGGGCCUAGCUCCGCAUCUCAAGUCUCUGAUGGGUCCUUGGUGGUUUUCUCAGUUUGACCCUGCUGCUGAGGUUGCACAGGCUGGUCGUCGUUCAUUCGAGGCAGCAUUCCCACAAUCGGACAGAAGGUUGGAUGCUUUAAUGCUGUGUGUGAAGGAGACGUUUGUGUACCUAAAUGAGAACCUGAAAUUAACAACACAAGCUUUAUCUGACAAGGUUACACCGGCGGAUGAAUUAGAAGAUAUGCAUCAGCGGGUAAUAUCAUCGUCACUGUUAGCAAUGGCAACUCUUAUCGACAUCUUACUGGGAGUAAAAUUACAAAGUAAUGGCGGUGAAAGUGCAAAUACCGAAAGCAAGAGUCAUUUAAAAGUUCGAUCUGCCACAUUGUCUUCUGCCGAAGCUGCACUUUCUAUGCAUAAAUAUUUUAUCGAUUUUCUGAAGUCAAAAAGUGCUGCUAUACGGUCAGCUACAUAUACUCUGCUUACAAGUUAUAUCAAGUAUGUUCCUCAUGUUUUCAACGAAGAAGCCAUGAAGAUACUGUCUUCCACAAUACUUGGCGCCUUCAAUGAAAAGGACCCAUUGUGUCACUCUGCUAUGUGGGACACUAUUCUUGUUUUUUCUAGAAAGUUUCCAGAGGCUUGGUCAUAUUGCAAUAUUCACAAGGUUGUCCUCAAUCGGUUUCGGCACUUCCUACAAAAUGGUUGCUAUGGGUCUAAACAGGCCUCAUACCCUCUAAUUGUUCAGUUUUUGGAUGUUAUACCAUCGGAAGUUGCUACAGAGAAAUUUGCUAUUGAGUUCUUACAAAAUCUUUGGGCCGGUAGAAACCAGAGGCAGUUAUCAGCUGCUGACAGUUUGGUUUUCUUCAUUGCCUUCAAACAGAGCUUUUUGUGGCUUCUUAAGAAAGUACCAAGAAAUUCUGUAGGAGAUUCUACAGAUAAUAUUCACAACAGGCUUAUAACGAAUGUUCUAGUCAAAAUUGUCUGGCAUGAUUACCUUCAAUUAUCGUUAUCCAAAAACCUGGACACAAUUCCAGGUCUGUUGUCUGAAGAAGCAACUACUGAUGAUCACCAGCUAUCUCAUAAGUCAUUGUUGGUGCAGAACGUGCGCCUUCCAAUUUACUAUUAUCAGGACUUGGGGAAAUGUAUCGUUGAAAUACUGGAUGAGAUUUCAGUUGCAGAAAGUCAUUUGUUGGAAGUUGCUUGUGAGUCUCUGUUGAGGGACUAUUUGGACAUUGUUCACCAAGGGGAGAAGCUAUCAAAAUUUCAGGAUCAUGUAGACCAACUUGCUUCUUUCUUUUGUUCUUUGGAUCUACUCGUUGUACAGAACGGUAGGACAUGGCCGCUGGAAAACUUAGCAAGACCACUGGUUAUACAUUCUCUGCCAACUAUCAAGUCCAUGGAUUCCCCAAGUCUUGUUAAACUCCUAAUAAGUUUGGUUGAAAUAUUCGGACCUGCCCACCUGUUCUUGAAAUAUGUUGAGAAAAAUGAUGAUAAAUCAUAUGUUGAGCCUUAUCUGAAUGUAUUCAAUUCCGACUUUGUCCCUUGGUGCUUGGAUGGGAAGGAUAUCACCUGCAGCUCAAAGAUUGAUUUAUUGCUUUCUUUAAUUCAAGAAGAGUGCUUUUUUGACCAGUGGUGUUCGAUCAUCAAAUAUAUUAUAGCUAAACAAAAGCGAUCAGUUGAUGAUAAAAUCUCACACACUAAUGACCAAUUUGAACUGCUGACACUUAUACUUCAAAAAGUCAGAGAAAGAAUUGCUGUCGGAAAGCUGAGAAAUUUGCAGAGAAGUGGUUCUCUGCCAGAACAUUGGCGACAUGAUCUAUUAGAUUCUGUUGCAGUUUCUGUCUUCUGUGAUCUGCCCACUACAGAUUCUCAUGUACAUUUUCUAUGUGCUGCACUUGGUGGCUCCAGUCAAGAUGAUCAAGUUUGUUUUCUUUCUGCUGAGGCUGUUUGCAAAAUACGUGAAUCCAUUUUGAAGUCUUUGGCAUCGUUACUCAUCACAUCAACUUUUGAGUGGACAAGAUCUGCACAUUUUCUGUUGUUGCCAGCGGAACAUGAGCAUUUCAAGCUUCUAGGAGAACAGUCCUUGUCCGCAAACUUUGAGAUGGCUCAGUUCGCCUUUCAAGUUUUUGAGCGUAGCUUGUUUGCGCUAAGGAUACAUGAGGAAGAUUCGGUUUUCUCUCAUAUUCUGGCGGCUUUGUUUAUCAUCGAAUGGGAAUGCAGCAUGGCUUUAACUCUUGGAGAAGAGAAUGAUUUGGAAGGUCACAAGGAAGAAAUUGAUGCUGAGACUUCGAUGUGCAACAGUUCAGAUGUUCAUUUGGGUGCUACAGUGCAUUUGAAGGCUAACCUUGCAGAACAUAUACAUGCUUUCCGCCAAAGCUUAAUUCCAUCCUUUUGGAAUGACCUUCAUUCAGACACUUUGAAUAGGCUGGCUAAUAUUCUAGCACAGUCUGUCAGGCAUGCUGUAUUUGAUACAAGAGACUUAGGUAUUGAUAGGACAGCAGCCUUAUGUUCUGAGUGGGUGGUGGACAUGUUGAGACUCAUCUGUCUUGACCACAUAAAGCUGCAAAGUUUUUAUGAUAUUUUGUUAUCCGAGGGAGAAGAUUGGCCGCUCUGGGUCAAGCCUUCUUUACAGAAUGGCCAUGCAUCGGUGAAGAUCCAAUGUGAACUUCUUGCUACAGAAGAAAUUGAACUGAAACAUCAGCGGUUCGUUGCUUUUGUUGACAAGCUUGUCCUAAACCUUAGCUUUGGUGAAGUGAUUCUAGGGAUUCCAAGAAAUCAGCAUUGUACCACAUCAUCAUCGAUUGAUGUUACUUCACCUGUUUCUUCCUUCUCCAGAGCAUGGGUUGCUGCUGAGAUGAUCUGCACCUGGAAGUGGAAAGGGGGAAGUGCGUUUAGCACAUUCUUACCUUCUCUGGUUCAGUACAUGAAAACAGAGUCAUGUCUUGAGGUCAGCAUCAUGCCAUUUUUGCUUGACACGUUGCUAGAAGGGGCCCUGAUGCACGAGAGUAGUAACUGGGCACUGUUCAAUGUUUGGCAUCUGUCUGACAGUGAGAUUGAUAAAAUUCAAGAUCGUUUUCUCCGUGCUCUUGUGGCUUUGUUAUUUACUACUUACACAAAGGAAUGUAUUUGGAGAGAAUCCGAUGCACUUGUACUUUUUGAAAAGCUACUGGGUAGUCUUUUUGUCAGUUCAACAGUGAAUAGAAAAUGUUUAAGGACUCUUCCCUUCAUCAUGAGUACGAUCAUCAAGCCCUUGACAGAAAAAAUGAAGUCGGGUGAAGCUUCUUCGUGCACUGAUUUGGUGGGAGAAAGCAUAUUGAGUUGGCUUAAUGAAGCCAUCUCUUGUCUGUCAUUGAGCACAAGGGAAGUAACACAACAAGAUAUUGAGGAUUGGAUGCAAGUGGUGUUAUCUUGCUUCCCGUUGGAGAUAACUGGAGGAACAGCGAAACUGGUAGUUAAGUUUGAACGUGAGAUCAGCGAUGCAGAAACAUCAUUACUGCUUACUCUGUUUUCGAGGUACCGGGCUUUCUAUGCUAGCGCAGAUCCAUCAUUGUCUUCUAGUGGAACUAGCCUGUCGAAAACUGCUGAACUUUUGGGAGUGAAACUAACAGCGAUUAUGGUUGGUUAUUGCUGUACAAAAAUUGGUGAAGAUGAUUGGUGCUUUGUGUUCCGUAUUCUACAAAAGUGGAUUGAAUCGUCUGUUUUACUUGUUGAAGAAAUGACAGAUGGCGUGAAUGAUGCUGUAAUACACCGGACAUCCGCUGUGGAUAUUUUGGAGAAGCUUAAACUGAUAGCUUGCACUCCAGAGGAGCUAACAUUUACUUUUGCUGAAUCUGCUCUGGUUACAUUGUGUUGCCUCAACCAUGUUGACAGUCUCCAUGAAUCCCAAACUCUGCAGCUUAUUAGAUCAGGGGAGUAUGCAGAGAGUAAUGACAAGAUGAUGGAGAAUGUCCUCCGUUUGUUCUUGGCUUCUGGUGUUUCAGAGGCAAUUGCGGGAUCUUGUAGUGAAGAGGCUUCAUCCAUCAUAGCUUCUGGCCGUGUGGUUUAUCUGCAUUUUUGGGAACUAGUGGCAUCAUUCAUCAUCGAUGCUUCACCACAGAUUAGAGGAUGUGCACUGGAGUCCAUGAAACUGUGGGGACUAAGCAAGGAUUCAGUCAGUGGGCUAUAUUCAAUUCUUUUCUCCUCAGAGCCAGUAUCCCAUCUACAGUUUGCAGCUUACUCCCUACUUAUGUCUGAGCCCCUCUGUGAAGUUUCACUAGUCAAUGGAGGAAACCCUCAGGAGUCUGACAUGGAUCAACAAAGUACUGAGUCGACGCCAGAUUCAGAGAAGGUCCUGUGCCUCAGGGAUGAACUCUCAUCCUUGAUUGAGAUGCCUACUUCUGAACUUGCCAAAACAGAUCUGAUUGCACGAGACAGGGUUAAUGUGUUUGUUGCCUGGGCAUUGCUGUUAUCGCACCUGCAGCGAUUGCCGUUAUCAUCCAGUAGCAGGGCAUUGCUGUUAUCAUAUGUACAAGAUAAGAUUAGUCCCUGCAUAUUGGAUUGCAUUUUCCAGCAUAUCCCAUUAAGGAGUGGGAGUGGCGGUGGAGCUAGCGCCAGCGGGAAGAAGAAAGAUGCUGAACUGGUGCCUGAAGCAAAAGCUGCUGCGGAAGGUUCCAAGAAUGCCAUCGUAACAUGCUCACUGCUGCCGUAUGUGGAAUCCCUUUGGCCUGUUGGAGUUAUGGAGAUGGCCUCACUGGCAGGGUCAUUGUAUGGGAUGAUGAUUAGACUGCUGCCUUCUUAUGUGCGCACAUGGUUUACUGGCUUGAGAGAUCGUUCACUGUCAUCAUCCAUCGAGUCCUUGACUAGAGUAUGGUGCAGUCCUCCGCUUCUAUUAGAUGAGUUUUGUCAGGUGAAGGAGUCUGUUUAUGCUGAUGAAACAUUCUCGGUGAGCGUGAACCGGUCGGCAUACGAGAUCAUUGCUACGUACAAGAAGGAAGAAACAGGGAUUGAUCUUGUGAUACGGCUUCCGAGCUGUUACCCGCUGCGGCAUGUGGAGGUUGAAUGCACGAGAAGCCUGGGCAUCAGCGAGGUCAAGUGCAGGAAAUGGCUGCUGUCGCUGACGUCGUUCGUGCGCAACCAGAAUGGCGCGGUGGCGGAGGCGAUCCGGACGUGGAAGAGCAACUUCGACAAGGAGUUUGAGGGGGUGGAGGAGUGCCCCAUCUGCUACAGCAUCCUGCACACGAGCAACCACGGGCUCCCGCGGCUGGCGUGCAAGACGUGCAAGCACAAGUUCCACGGCGCCUGCCUCUACAAGUGGUUCUCCACCUCCAACAAGUCCACAUGCCCGCUGUGCCAGACCCCCUUCUAGUUUAGUGAGCCUCUAGAAGCAAAUCCUUUCAUGUUUAGUUCUUGCCUGUUCAAAUGAUUCAUGUUGUGUCGAGUUAUACGUCAAGUUUGUUUGUGUUGUUAGCUGGGGAUGUAUGACAAGUUUUGCGUGAGCAGCCCAACAAAGAGAAGCAAAUUUUGGUACGCAGUAGGGUACUAGUCUUUCAGUAGGGAACUUCCAGAUUUUGGGAAUGUAUGACAAAUUUUGUGCAAAUAGAGGGACAUGUUGUAAUCAGGAAUUAUGCGAGAUACUUUGAGGAUGAAGAAAUCAAAGGAGCAUCAUGUAGUAUGUUCAGUUC